AAAGACAGUCCUUGGACCAGUGAUAUCUCCCUCAAGAUUCUUGCCUUUCAUGAAAAGGGCUAUAUGGAAGAACUUGAUGGUAAAUGGAUCUUGUUUAAAGGCCAGGACUGUGAAGAGAGUAAUUCUGCCCCAGCCACUCUGGGACUCACUAACAUGGCAGGUGUGUUCCUUAUGGUAGCAGGGGGUAUAGUAACAGGGGUUCUUGUCAUUUUUGUUGAGAUUGCCUACAAACGCCACCGAGGGAUGAGAGAGAAGGAAAUGGAGCUAGCAAGGCAUGCAGCAGAUAGAUGGCGCAGUAAUAUUGAGAAACGCAAGAAGAGACGACAGGAAUUUAUCCCAGCUAUAAUCACCAUACAGAGUUCACAAAAUGAAACGGCGUACGCUUCGUCGUACCCUUCUGGCCCAACAACAGGAGCUGGAGAUUAUCAAGCCUAAUGGACUCACAGAUAUAAAGGUGUCACCAACAUCCAUGCGCAACCCAAACACAACCAACCCAGAGAUUGUACCUGUUACUUCAGGAUCCUCUAGUUUCCAUGGCAACCUACCUGUUGUUGCUACGGUAACACGCCACAACCCAACUUACCAAUCUGGGGAAGCUGAGGACCAGUUGUAACCUGACACUAGUGUUGUCUUCAGAAAAUUGAGAAAAAGAAUUUCUAAAGAAACACAUAAGUGCAAAUGCGCAUGAGAGAAAUUAUAAUGGAGCUUGAGACAAUAUGGACUGUCUGCUUCGUGUAUUGACUUGUUAAAAAAUGGAUGAGAAUCUAAAACAUCUAAUGGGUUGGGUCUUUGUUACCCAACAAAAAAUAACCUGUACAGUAUUUAAAAACUCAUGAUGUAAUAUUAUUAUUGUAUUUGCUAUU